AUGAAGCAAUAUUUACGCUCCAGGGUUUGGUUUCCCCGUAUGGACACCCUAGUGGAGAAUUAUGCCCAAUCUUGCCACUCCUGCCUAGCAGCCACCCCGCAGACCAAACACCAACCCUUGCUACCGACCGAACUUCCACAAGGACCGUGGAGACAUGUGGCAUCAGACUUUAAAGGACCGAUUGCAGCGGACUUCUACUUCUUGUUGGUCAUCGACGAGUAUUCGCGUUUUCCUGAGGUGGCGAUUCUCGACUCGACGGGAGCAGACACAGUAAUUCCACAACUUGACCGAAUUUUGUCAACUCAUGGCAUUCCAGAAAAAUUAAAAUCGGAUAAUGGUCCCUCUUUUAAUUCUAAUGCGUUCCGAAAUUACGCUAAAAAAGGGGAUUCAAGCAUCAACCCGUCACACCAGAACAGCCAAGCUCGAAUGGUCUAG